AUGGCAUCAUAUCAUCGCGUUCUGCGCGCUUUUGGCCGCACAAUUGAAGACACCAUUCUGGAAUGCAAUUACGAUAUACACCCAGGGGAUGUUCUCAUCAAUAAUGAACGAUGGCCGGGCAAAAUACGACUCGUGGGCUACAUUGACGUAUUCUUCUUGAUGUGCUACUCAGGCGAAUCUCGAUUCGAGCACGGCAUCAUCAUCUAUACUUUGCGAAAGUACUACUCAUUAAACACAGAAUCGAAUGGCAACAAGCACACAAUUGUCAGCCUAGGCCAUCCCAUAGGCCUCUCGCCAAAAUGCCCAAAGUCCAAGCUUAAGAAGUAUACCAUCGUUCUACACAAGGGCCACACUCCCGCUAUGCAAAAAGAGAUACUGCGAGGUGUCAUGCAACACGGCGUCGUGAGAUUGCUCAGUGAUGCCCUCAAGCUUGGUAUUGUUUCGACCGCCGAAAUCGUCAACAAGAUCAAGGAAACCGUCCUUAAAGGAUCAAGUCUAGAUUCUGUGACGACCAAGUCUAAGAAUGCUUUGGCCUCUUCAAACUCCCGAAGCAAUGCCUUGCCGGGAGAUAAAGCCUAG